UGUGAUCAGAUCGUGGGUAACCUGGUCUACUAUCGCUACAUGAACCCUGCGAUCGUGGCUCCGGAUGGUUUUGACGUGGUGGAGUUCGGGGUUGGUUCUGCUCUGCUGCCGGGUCAGCGGCGAACACUGGGCUCCAUCGCCCGCAUCCUGCAGCACAGCGCCGCGCUCAAACACUUCCACGGAGACUCGGCUCACCUGCACGCUCUGAACGAGUACAUCACACACACUCACAGCCGCUUCAGGAAGUUCCUGCGCGCUGUGUGUGACGUGCCUGAGCCGGAGGAACGCUUCAACAUCGACGAGUAUUCAGAGACGCUGAUCCUCAACAGACCCGUGAUCUACAUCUCCAUCAGUGAACUCCUCAACACAUGGAAACAUAAAUAUAUUAUUUAUGAGGUGCAGCACGGCUGGAUGAUGCAUCAGCGCGCUCAGAGAGACGCACGAACCCCAGAGAAGAUGAAGAGGAACCAAUCGCUGAUCGCAGACGGGAACCUGACGCUGGAGGAGAAGAAGAGGAAGAUCCAGAGGAACCUGAGGAGACUGGAGGCCAUCGGGAUGCUCAGCCCUCCUGACACACACACACAGAUACUGCAGCUCAUCGCCAAGGACAUCCGUCAUCAGCGUGUGUAUCGUCAGAGGCGUCAGGCGGAGCUGGUCAAACUCAGAGAGACACUGAACCGCCUGCAGUGCAAGAGCUGCUUCCACUCAGAGCAGGUGGAUUAUUACAGCCAAUACAUCAACACCUGCCUGCAGAACCUCACCAACAGUAAAGUCAAUGGGAAGAAAGCAUCUGAUAAUAAAGGGAAGAAGAAGCGGGCGACUCUCACGUACACAGCUGCACGUCUGCAUGAGAAAGGAGUUCUGCUGGAGAUUGAAGACCUGCCCGUCACACAGUUCAAGAACGUGAUCUUUGACAUCGUUCCCGGCGAGGAGGACGGCACGUUCCUGGUGAAGGCUCGUUUCAUGGGUGUGGACAUGGAGAGAUUCCCGCUCAAAUAUCAGGAUCUGCUGCAGCUGCAGUACGAGGAAGUCGCCGUGAUGAAGAUGUUUGAUAAAGCCAAAGUCAACGUCAAUCUGCUCAUCUUCCUCCUCAACAAGAAAUUCUUCAAGAAGUGAAUUGAUUCCUGUGUUCCUGUAACACUCAGCACUGGUUUGAACACACUCCAGUUAAACCUGCUGCUUUAUUUUCCCAGUGUAAUAAUUCUGCAUUUAUUUUAUUACCCAAAAUCACUCUGGAUAUAUUCAUGACGCUAUCAUAUAUAUUCAAUUAUGAAUCAUUUGCAUUUAAAAUGAAGCUUUACUUUAUUCGAGUGAAUCACAGAAGACGUGUGAGAAGAACACUAGUAAUACUAGUUAUCCAGCGGUUAUCAGGUGAAGUUCACCUGCGCUCUUUCAAGCUUUUACCGCUAUUUUAGUGGAAAGUGUCUUUUUUGUGUAAAUAUUUUCUGUCUCUAAUGAAAUAUCUUUGUAUUCUUUCCUCGUCCUCUCGUCUGUUUUCAUGUCGUUUAUGAGUGUCCAGUCACUCUUUUAAUAAAUACGCCGUUUUUAUUCACAA